AUGCGAUCUCUAGUACGACUCUCACAUACUAGAAGGCGACCUCUGAUAAGUACGUCAAGAUGCGCGUCGCUUCAUUGUCAACUACGCACAAAAGCAACGGUACCGUUUCGGUUACCUGAUGCCCGUAACGAGCCAAAUCCCACAUACGAGAGAGGUUCUCCAGAGCGAACGAAGCUGGAGGAGACUCUGAAGCGCAUGAAGUCGCAGAUUCCUAUGCAAAGCGAGAUUCAUUUCAAUGGCAAAUCACAGCAAGUUCACAGCUCUUGGGAUCAGCCAUUACCAGCGGACCACAAAACGACCUUCACCAGCUAUCCACUUACAACCAAGGAACAAGUAUCGAAAGCUAUCGAUUCCGCCCUCAAAGCAAAGAAAUCAUGGGAAAACACGCCUUUCGUUGAUCGAGCGGCAAUCUUUCUCAAGGCGGCCGAGCUGGUAGCAACCAAAUACCGCUAUGAACUGAUUGCUGCAACCAUGCUUGGCCAAGGCAAGAACAUCUGGCAAGGCGAAGUAGACGCUGCUGCUGAGUUGGCAGACUUCUUCCGACUAAACUGCAACUACGCCGCGGAGAUUCUUGAGAAACAACCCGAGCGAGGCACAGACGGAAUGUGGUCUCGUAUGGACUACCGCCCAGUAGAAGGGUUCGUCUACGCCGUUUCACCGUUCAACUUUACUGCUAUCGGCGGUAACCUCAUCUCUGGCCCUGCUAUCAUGGGUAACGUGGUACUCUGGAAGCCGUCUCCUUCAAACAUCUACGCAAGUACCAUCGUGUACAAGAUCCUUCUUGAAGCUGGUCUACCACCGGAUGUUAUUCAGUUCGUACCUGGUGAGCCUGAGGAGAUUAACGAUGUCGUGUUUAACCAUAGAGACUUCGCUGGGCUCAACUUCGUCGGCUCCUCAGACGUCUUCAGAUCUCUCUGUGCUCGCAUUGGUCAGGGUAUUGGUAACAGCACAUAUCGCGAAUUUCCACGAAUGGUCGGAGAAACUAGUGGCAAGAACUUCACUCUCCUUCAUCCCACGGCGGAUGUUCAAUCUGCUGUGAAGCACGUCGUUCGCGCUUCGUUCGAGUAUCAGGGUCAAAAGUGCUCGGCAACCUCUCGUCUGUAUCUUCCAGAGUCGCGAUCAAAGGAGUUUAUCGAUACACUGGUCGAAGACGUGAAGGGUAUUACCCAAGGCAACCCACAUGAAGAUCUCGCAGCCUUCAUGGGCCCGGUAAUCCACCGUCGGUCGUUCGAAAAGAUCAAGGCUGUCAUCGACGAGAGCAAUCAGGACUCUUCACUCAAGCUUCUAGUCGGCGGUACCUACGAUGAUUCCAAAGGCUUCUACAUCAAGCCAACCGUCUACCUCGCAGAUUCGCCAGACCACAAGCUCUUCAACUAUGAGAUCUUUGGCCCUGUACUCGCCAUAUAUGUCUAUCCCGAUGCGGAGUGGAGUCAGAUUCUGGAGAAAAUCGACCAAGCUGGUGGCAACUUCGCGCUUACAGGUGCCGUUUUCGCCAAUUCCCGUGCAGCUAUACGAGAGGCAGAAGACGCCCUCCGCUAUUCUGCUGGAAACUUCUACAUCAACUGCAAGACUACCGCCGCGCUCAUCGGUCAGCAGAGCUUCGGUGGAAGUCGCGCAAGUGGUACAAAUGAUAAGGCUGGUUCUUCGAACCCCAUGUUCCGCUUCGUUUCUCCACGCCAAAUUAAGGAAGAGUUCUUUCCUGUCUUUGAUUACCGGUAUCCUUCGAACAACUGA